AACAAUUUUUUUUUUUCCAGAUGAAAGAGGCUUCUUCAUAGUUUCUACAUCUGAACAACAUUCUAUUUACGAGUUUGUUGCUGCCUCUCCUUCCGAGAAAAAUGUCUGGUUACAACACAUUACUGCUACUGUUGAGACCUUCAAACUCAAAAAUAUACAAGCUUCAAAGCAACAAUUACUGUCGUCAUUACAAUCUUUGAGAACAGAAGCAUUAGAAGAGAGACAAAAAGAGAUUUCACCAUCUAAGGAACCCACUAGUGAAAUGAACAAUGAAACAGAAAGUAGCAACACUGGCAACAAUGUAGACAUGCCUGUUAACCCUGAAUGUGAUUCCAAUACAGAGAACAGUAACAAUGCCAGUCCUACUGUUGAUGCUAAUGCUUCAGUUCCUUCAGAAAAGUUGUCUGCAAGAUCAGCACUGAAAGAGGAGCAAGCAGUUUCUAUAAGAGAGGAUAAUAAAAGAUCUCCAAAAUGUUUUGACAAAGUGGAAGUCUUUCAUGUUACUAAUUUUCAUCGGUUAAUAGAACCACAUGAAGUCAAAAUUAGUGAUAAAGUUGUUACUCAAACUGCUGAGACAGUGGUGACCCCUAUAGAAAAACUAAGGAGAAAAGACCAAGAAAUUGCAGACAUCUUAACUGAGAAGCAAGAAAUAAUAGCAGAUUUUCUUCAGUUACCACGUGGCAGUUUCUCUCUCGAUACAGAGGUGCGAAAUGGUUUUCAACUUUUUGUUAUAGGAAUUAUUAUUUUUAAGCGGUACUUGAAUAAACUGUCAUCGUGUUUUUGUAUUGGUGACCACAGAUAA